AUGGUCAGCAAAUUCCCUGACCUGCAUGCUGUGCUCCCCCCGGGCAGUGUGCCGGACCAGCCGCUCUGCGAGCAGGUGGAGGUGGAUGUGACCAUGCUGGUCCAGGACACGUGGACGGCUCACCAGAGCAACAUGAACUGCAAGACUGUUGACAUGAACACCCGUGUGAGUCCCAGAGUGCCAAUUCUGGAUGAGCCUUUGAAACGCCUCCUUAGUGAUGUCCUGAGUGAUCUGGGCUGCAACAUCAUCAAUGCCAAGCUCAACGUGGUGAACUCUCUGCUUGGCUCCAGGAACCAGUUGCUCCCACUUGGGGCUCUGGGGGACCUGCCCCCCUUCUCCAUCCUCAGCAGUGACUCCAUCCAGCUGGAUCUGAACCUCCUCUCCGGGAAUGCCAAGGGUGGCACUGUGGCCCCCACUCAGCAACUGCCUCUCGCUGCCACCCUGCUGCUGACCACUGGCCGCCCACCACAGCUCAGCCUCUCCCAGGACACCCUCAGGGCCCUGCUGGAGCAGGUCCAGGGGCAGGGAGCCCUCAACCUCAACAUCACCAACUCGCUGAUGAGCAGCCAAUCCCCUCUCCAAGGCCAGGUUCCCGAGAGCACCUCGCUGUCCGUGUCUGCCCUUUUCCCGUUCAUCCCCCAGCUUGCCCGAGCCCUCCCUAGCUCUCUGCCACUGGAGCUGCGUGUCCGGAUGAGAGAUGAGCCAGUGGUGGCCGUGAGGAAUGGAAAAGCCACCGUCACCCUCAAAGCCUCCAUUGACGUCCAUGUUCCUGCCCUGCAGACCUCCCAGGGGCUCCUCUUCUCCGUUGACACAGACAUUGUUCUGAACAUCACCCCAUCGGUCUCUGAUGGCAAACUGCAAACCUCCCUGGCUCUUGACAGCAUCAAGGUGACACGGUUCCCCCCGUCACUCAACCCUUCCACCGUCCCCUCGCUCACAGAAUGGCUCAAGCAGAUCCUCACGGCUUCAUAUGUAUCUGAUAUUGAUGACAUCAUCCAUGUGUCGCUCCCUCUGCCCAACGUCCUCAACAGCAACCUCAGGAGCGCUGAAGUCACCAUCACUGACAGGCUGGCCAGCAGCUGGUGGCGAUGUCCCCAGGGAUGCAUCCCUGUGGGGGUUGCUGGAAGAGCACGGGGACAAGGAGGUCUGCUUGGCAACGGAGGUCUCCUAGGCAGACCAGGGAUACUCAGAGGCUUUGGUGGCCUUCUUGGCAGAGCAGGGCUCCUGGGAAAUGAAGGGCUGCUGGGAGGCAGCGGCCUGCUUGGCAUCCUCAGGGAAGGUGGCUUGCUCAGCACCAUCCAGGGGCUCACCGGGCUGAGGAUCGUGGAGGUGACGCUGCCCAGGGUGUCCCUGAGGCUCCUGCCUACCAUUGGUGCCCACCUAAACCUCUACACCCUGGUGGCCCUCAAGGGCAAGAGCCUCUUGGGUUUGCUCGACAUCACCGUGGAGGUGAACAUCACAAACAAGGUCAGGCUGACCAUGGAUGGCAUGGGCUACCCUGAACUGGUGACAGAGAGAUGCAACACACUCCUGGGUGGCAUUAAAAUCAGACUCCUGAGCGGCCUGCUCCCAAUUGUGGAUAAUUUAUUGGCAAGUGUCCUGAACAGACUUCUUCCUAAUCUGCUCUGCCUGGUGGUGGACAUCGCCCUGGGACUUGUCAAUGACCAGCUGGGACUUGUGAACUCACUGGUGCCCCUGGGUUUGCUGGGCGGCAUCCAGCACACUGUGUUCAGCCUUCUCCUGGCAACAGGCCAGUUCCUUGAGGUGGACUUGAACACUGUUGUUGGGCGAGCAACUGGGCCUGGUGGAAAGCCAGAGACUGUCUCCAAACCCCCAUGGGUCCCUAUGCCACCCUUGCCACCCAUGGCAGACACCAGCUCCUCCCAACUGGGCCUCUCAGUGAACUUCCUCAGCUCAGUACUGGCUGUCCUGCAGAUGGAGGGUGCCCUGGACCUGGACAUCUUCACUGGCAUGUUUCCUGAGCUCCCACCACUGACGACGUGGACACUUGGAGCUCUGGUUCCUGUGUUUGUGAUAAUGACUAAGCUGGCAGAAAAGGACUGGGAGUUUUUUCACGAUCUUGGUGACCAGAAUUCAGAACAAUUUUCAGCUUUCCAGACCUCGUCUCGGCUGGUGUAA